CUUCUCGUUUGUUCUUUCUUUCUCUUAAUGCUAAAUUUCACAAUUGUUUCAUAGUUCUCUUUAUCCUACGGAAAAAUCCAAAAUAUUAUAUGGAAAACAUCAGAAACCCUAAAAACUCGGAUGAUCAUUCCGAACACAUAUCGAGAAACACUCGUCAAAGCGUCGAUAACUCUCUGUCAAGAUCUUACACAUGCAGUUUCUGCGUAAGGGGCUUCUCGAAUGCUCAAGCACUAGGAGGGCAUAUGAACAUCCACAGAAGAGACAGAGCUAACCUCAGACAUAAGCUAAUGGAAGAUAACAAGGACGAUGUUGUCGCCGAGAGUGAUCCAUCAGGAGUUGUCUCUCUAGACCUUAAUGAAAAACAACAAGAAGAGGAUUUGGCAUGUGAUGAUGAUGAUCAAGAUCAAGGUGUGGAGAAAGAUAUAAUCCCUGGUCAGAAACUAGGGUUUUGGGUUCAAGAAAACAAGCUUGAUAUUAAUGAUGAUGGAAAAGUCACGGAUGUUUGCAGCAUAGAUGGUUCGAGUUCGAGUCAUCAUCUUGAGGAUGAAAAUUUGGAUCUUGAGCUCCGGUUAGGGCAAAGCGCCGUGGAGAAGAAGACAACAUAAUCUCUCAGCGAUCGUCAUACGUUAAAUAUAUAUAUCGAAAGGAACAAAAACCUUGAAACAUCA